GAAUAAAUAAACAAGAGUACAAUAGCUUCCCACGUAACAUGUGGCCAGGAGCCAUGCUCCAACGUAGCAAGCAACCUUGCUCCUCUUCUUCUUCCUUCUCUCCCUAAUAAUUAAUAUAACCAAUCAAUUUGUUAUUUGAGCAACUUCUACUUUGCUAAAACCACCCAACAAAUAAAAUGGCAAUUUUGCAAGCAAUUCUUCCAUAUAACCCACCAUCAAAAACCUCAUUUCUCAGUACAAACACUAAAACCAUCAGAAAAAAUCCAACACUUAUUAAUCUCUCACAAAACCCAUCAAAUUACUCCCACCUUCAUAAUAACAAUCUUAAACACUCAAAUAAAAAACCCAAUUCAUCAUCAUCAUUAUCUUCCACAAAAUCUCAGGCAAUUGCAGCAGAUAAUGUUACAGUUGAACCAUCAUCUGCUGAAGAAAAAGAAAAGAAGAAUGAAGAAGAUGAUAAUGUGUUUGUGGGUCCCAGUAGUCAAGCAGAAGUCAGAGGAGAGAGAGAGGUAGUAGAUUAUGAUUGGACAGAAGAAUGGUACCCUCUUUAUUUAACAAAAAAUAUACCAAAUGAUGCUCCUUUGGGACUCACUGUGUUUCAUAAACAACUUGUUUUAUAUCGUGAUGCUUCUGGUCAGCUUAGAUGUUAUGAAGAUCGUUGCCCACAUAGAUUGGCAAAACUUUCUGAGGGGCAGUUGGUUGAUGGGAGAUUGGAAUGCUUAUACCAUGGUUGGCAAUUUGAAGGCGAGGGCAAAUGUGUGAAGAUACCUCAGCUUCCAGCAGGAGCCAAAAUUCCUAAACAAGCCUGUGUAAGAACGUACGAAGUGAGAGAUUCCCAAGGAGUUGUGUGGGUGUGGAUGUCCCAAAGAAGUCCACCAAAUGGCAGCAAAAUCCCUUGGUUUGAAAACUUUGCAAGGCCAGGGUUUCAAGAUAUCUCGACUACACACGAGCUUCCAUACGACCACUCCAUUCUCCUCGAGAAUCUCAUGGAUCCCGCUCACGUCCCAAUCUCCCAUGAUCGGACUGAUUGGAGUGCAAAACGGGAAGAUGCUCAACCUUUGCUUUUCAAAGUCACUGAGAGAACGGAGCGAGGAUUUGCUGGCUGGUGGGGUAAAGAAAGUGAGAAAUCUUUGCUAAACUUUCUCAGGUUCGAGGCACCAUGUGUGCUUUCAAAUAGUCGAGAGAUAGUUGAUGAGAAGGGAGAGAAACACUACUUCAGCGGGCUCUUUCUUUGUAGGCCAUCAGGGCAGGGAAAAUCCAUGCUCAUUGUAAGGUUUGGAACCACUAGAAGAUCACCUCUUGCUAAAUUCUUUCCCACAUGGUAUUUCCAUCAAAAUGCUAGUAAGGUGUUCGAGCAAGAUAUGGGCUUCCUCUCGUCUCAAAAUGAGGUUUUAAUCACAGAGAAACGCCCAACGAAGGAACUGUACUUGAAUCUGAAGUCUUCUGACACCUGGGUUGCAGAAUACAGGAAGUGGAUGGAUAAAGUUGGCCAUGGGAUGCCUUACCAUUUUGGGCACAGUACUAUUUCACCCCCUGAAAUUCCAGCAGUUAUUGAGCACGCUCCAGCAGGCCUAGUUGCUUCACUCUCGGCCCAAUCACCUGCUAAAGGUGGGGUCGGGACUAUGCAUGCUCCAAAUUUGGCUAACAGGUAUUUCCGACAUGUGAUCCAUUGCAAGGAAUGCAGUGGCGUUGUGAAAUCCUUUGAGACGUGGAAAAAAGCCCUUUCUAUCAUUGCCCUCGUUUCUACUGGAUUCGCCAUACUUGUUUCAGGGAGGCAGUGGAAAGCUCUACUUUUAGUCACCACUACAUUGUGCUUGGCCGGAGUGUAUGCAUGCUCGGCUGCAAUAGCAUUGAAUACAACGAAUUUCAUACGAACACACCGGAGGCUGUAAAGUGUGCUGAGGUUAUGAUUUGAUAAGAUCGAAGUUACAGAAAUGCUCAGUUCAGAAUGAGUCUGAAUUUUGUUCUGGAAGAACUGGAUUGAUUACUGAAGAUUUCAGGAUCUGUGUUGUACAGAAAGCGCCUAGGAAAGAGAUGGUAGGUACUAGGUAGUGAAAUAUUAUGUUUUUUAUUCUUUUGAUUUGGGUCUUUGUACAAACUUAUGGAGUGACUGGUGUCAAAGCAAAAUCACCUAUUAUGUGAUGGAUUAUCAAGAUAAAUUGACGGGCAACAAAUAAAUUGUAUGGUUAUUACUA